AUGUCUGAAGGAGCUUUGAAGCCCGAGAAGGACUUCUCCAAGGAGGUCGACCAGCAGCUCCCCGAAGCUGAGAAGCUGGCUGCGUCCAACAACCUCCAGGGAGCCAUUGAGAAGCUCGCUGCGCUUGAAAAGCAGACCCGACAAGCCUCCGAUCUUGCGUCGACAUCACGAGUAUUGAUCGCAAUCGUCACACUAUGCAAAAAUGCCGGCGACUGGAGUUUGAUGAACGACCAGACUCUGGUCCUGUCCAAGAAGCACAGCCAGCUCAAGCAGGCCAUCACCAAGAUGGUCCAGACCGUCAUGGGCUUCCUCGACGACACCCCCGACCUCAAGACCAAGCUUUCCGUUAUCGAGACCCUGCGAACAGUGACAGAGGGCAAGAUCUUUGUCGAAGUCGAGCGUGCCCGCGUCACCAAGAUCCUCUCCGACAUCAAGAAGGAGCAGGGCGAUCUCAAGGCCGCCACCGAGAUCCUUUGCGAGCUCCAGGUUGAGACCUUUGGGUCUAUGGACAGACGAGAAAAGACCGAGUUCAUCCUCGCUCAGGUCGCUCUCUGCAUUGAGAGCGAAGAUUGGACUCAGGCCGGCAUCCUGGGCCGCAAGAUCAGCACACGAUACCUCGCCCGAAAGCCUAAGAAGACGGCCGAGCAACUCGAGAAGGAGCAGAAGGAACGUGAGAAGAAGAAGGCCCGCGGCGAGGAGGUGCCCGAGGAGAAGCCAGAUGACACAACCGACCUGAAGCUGCGAUACUACGAGCAACAGAUCAUCCUUGCCAAGCAUGAGGACAAGUACCUUGAUGUUUGCAAGCACUACCGACAGGUUUUGGAUACAGAGGCGGUCGAGGAGGAUUCGGCCAAGCUUCGCCCUGUCCUGCAGCGCAUCAUCUACUUUGUCAUCCUCGCCCCCUACGACAACGAGCAACACGAUCUCCUCCACCGAAUUCACAAGGACACCCGCAACACAGAAGUUCCCCCUGAGGCUGAGCUUCUCCGACUCUUUACUGUGCACGAGUUGAUGCGAUGGCCAGAGAUUGCUAAGAGAUUCGGCCCCCACCUGUGCAGUACGGAUGUCUUUGAUGUGCAGCCCGGUCAGUCCUCAGACGAGAAGGCGCACCAGAGAUGGCAAGAUUUCCGAAAGCGAGUCAUUGAGCACAAUGUCCGCGUCAUUGCCAAGUACUACACCCGCAUCCAGAUGGGACGCCUCACCCAACUGCUCGACUUGGCUGAGGAUGAGACGGAAAAGUACAUCAGCGAGCUGGUCACCUCCAAGACUGUGUACGCCAAGAUUGACCGACCUGCACGAAUCGUCAGCUUCGCGAAGCCUCGGGAUGCUGAUGAUAUUCUGAAUGAGUGGAGUCACAACAUGAAGAGCUUGCUGGGACUCUUGGAGAGAAUCGAUCAUCUCAUUACCAAAGAGGAGAUGAUGGCACGGAUUCAGCCGGCCAAAUAA